AUGAAAUGCCUAAACUCAGUUUCAAUUUUCAAAGCGAAGUUAACUACUUCUCUAAGGUCCACCUUUUGUACCAAAUAUUUUCCCGCAAUUCAAACGCCCUUCAAUAUAAACAACCAUUUUUCUUCUACUGCCUUGAGAAUCUCCGCGAGAGGAACAAAUUCAUCACAAACGGAAACUGAACAGGUUGUAUGCUGGUCUGGACUUGAAAGUUGGAGAACUGGACCGCUCAAUCACAACCGAUUCUGGGGUCCCAAUGGGCCAGAAUCACCAUCGCUACAGCCUUCUAGUUCAUUUGAUUUGGGGUCUUGUUCUUCUUUAGCUGAAAUGGGAGCUAUUGUGCUUUCUACUGCUGACCCAUUGGAAAAAUCGAAACUUUCUCAUAUGGCAUACACCCGGUGGAGCCAAGAGGGCCUUCCGAUCGGAGUUCAUGAAGCGCCAUCUCGGCCUGCUCGUCCAGAAAAGCCUCAGCUGGUAUCGCCAAAGGAUAUUCCAUCGCCUAAACACUCUGAUCUGCCUCUUAAUGCCUAUCUUCUUCAUAAUCUUGCUCAUGUUGAGCUGAAUGCCAUUGAUUUAGCCUGGGAUACUGUUGUUCGAUUUUCCCCUUAUUCUGAGCUCCUUGGAGAAGGAUUUUUUGGUGAUUUUGCUCAUGUGGCUGAUGAUGAGAGUCGCCAUUUUGCUUGGUGUUUACAAAGAUUAGCAGAGCUUGGGUUCAGCUACGGUGACAUGCCAGCUCAUAAUCUGCUCUGGAGGGAGUGUAACAAAACAUCUGAUAAUGUCGCUGCUCGUUUGGCUGCAAUUCCUUUAGUUCAGGAGGCCAGAGGACUCGAUGCCGGGCCACGUCUUGUGCAAAAAUUGGUUGGAUUUGGUGAUCUUAGAACUUCUAAGAUUGUGGCUAAGAUUGCUGAUGAAGAACUUGCGCACGUAGCUGUUGGUCUCUAUUGGUUUCUUUCAGUUUGCCAGAAGAUGGGCCGUGCACCUUGCUCUGCUUUUAAAGAUUUGUUAAGAGAAUACAAUGUGGAGUUGAAGGGGCCCUUCAAUUAUUCGGCUAGAGAUGAAGCUGGAAUUCCUAGAGACUGGUAUGAUCCUUCAUUUUCAAGUCAAAAUGAUAAGAACCGCGGGCUUUCCCAGGUGAUCAAGAGAGACAUCAGAGAUGUGUUGUGGGGAUGGAGACUGCCGGCCACUGGCCUUCUUGAUAGCUCUACCUUUUGCUUUUCUUUCUCUAAUCGUUUCCAUUGUGGGCAUCAUCGUCUGGGUUGUCGGCAUAUCUAUAAGUAUCAUAUGCCCAUGUUGCAUCUGCGUGACGCUCUUGGUGGAAUUCGCACUGGAGUUGAUCAAAGCGCCUCUUCAUGUUAUGGAGUGGUUCGCCUCUCUCAUACCCUGCUAAGAUUUGAUCCCUGUUCAUUCCCCUUCCGGAUUAUUCCCCCCAGAUUUUUCAGCCAGUUUUGUGUAUUACUUGUAUAA